AUGAAAAUCCAAUCCAACAUCAACGCCGACACUGAUUCCUUCUGGACUUGGAAGCCAAGCCCUUUCAACGAGAAGCAGCAGAACGAAAAUCGAUUCUCCAUAGCUGAAAUUUUCCAGAGCGGCCAAAAAGCAGAGAGAAAGGUGUUGCUGGGGCCUGGAGCUGGAGCUGGAAUUGGGUGCGGUGCUGGAGUAGGGUUUGGACUAGUUGGAGGGAUAGGAUAUGGUGCCUGGCCAUUCAACCAAGUAAAGCUGGUGUUUGGAGUUGGGGUGGGUUGUGGGAUCGGGAUCGGAUUCGGGUUUGGACAAGGAGUUGGGUAUGGAGUUAGCUCCGACUCUCUGGAGUCUUAUGUAUCCAAGGAGAGUUCAGAUUCCAAGGAAGGGAUUCAAGUGUAUCAGAGAUAUUGA